AUGAAAAAGGCGUUUCUUCUCCUUUUGCUCCUGUCGACAACAAUUUUCAGACGAUACACAAAUUACAACGUUAAAAUAAAGCUGAAAAACUUCUCCAACAAAAUUUACAUGUCCAGUAGAGUGCAGUUAAAAUCGACAAAACUGCAACACAGGAAGAGACCAAAAAAGAGGAAAAAAUCAGAAAUUUAUCGAACGCCUGUUUUGUACCACCCAAAUCAGAAGGAUUAUUUUAACCUCCAGAGCGAGUACACCUGUUUGCCCCAUGAGCAAGUGCUGGAUCUCCUCUUAAAGGAUAAAUUGAACUUACUCAUCGGGGCGAUUAGGAGAAAGGACAAUCAGGAGAUCGACCAAAUUUUGUACAAAGAUGUGAAUAAUAUAUAUUUGGAUAAGAGAUAUGUCUACUACGAUGAGGAAAACAAAGCAGAUGACGAUUAUGGUGAAGACGGAGAAAAGAACACCAUGAAGGGAAAUAACGAUAACAGGGGUGACCUCUUCAACGGUGGAUCAACUGAUAAGAAAAAGUGUGCCCUGCCAAAGGACGAGGAGGACAAUCAUCAACCUGGAGAAGAAAAGAAAUUUGUGGACUUAAACAAUAUUUAUUUUUAUUUCAAAAAAGUUAACAUCACAAAUAUAAAUAAGGACAACAUAAAUGACGACAUAUAUAAAGAGCUAGUGGAGUUAAAAAAAGUGUCUCUCGAAAAAGGAGACCAAAUAGGUUUCAACAUGUAUAGAUACUUCCUCAACAUAAUUACAAAUGUCGACAGAAUGAAAUAUAUCGAUGAUUUUUAUUUGGUUAAUUAUAUAAAUAAUAUUUGGAUAACAAAAAAUGUUCACAAAUAUUUCUAUUUUCUAAAUUCUCUUUUUGACAGAAUGAAAAAAAUUACCUAUAAGUUGAUACAGUUGAAUUACAAAAUUGAUCAAAUUGGACAUGUGGAGGAAGUUAACAAAAUGAAGUACUUUGAGAGACAUGAGCUGUUCAGUAAGGUUAUUAAAAAGACCAAGUUCAUUCCUAACUAUAUACUUAAACACAGCUAUGCUUACUCCACUGAUAUUAUGAAUCUUUACCAAUAUGACAUCAACACGAAUUCGUAUGUGAACAGAUUCGAUAGCACCUAUAGGGAGGUCUGCGUGAAGGACUUUGUUGACGAAAGCAGGAGAAAAAAUUUAAACAUUUGCUACGAUGCCACGCGCUUCGAUCCCUUUUACAGCUACGCCAGAGAGUACAGCCGGGACAACGAGAUGAAGAAGAUCAUGGGCCUCACCUAUGGCGUGGCCGACAUUCGCGGCAGCGUUACCGCGAACGUUACUGCGAACGUUACUGCGAACGUUACUGGUGGCGUUACUGGAAGUGAUGCCCCGGGCAGUCACGCCGAGGGCAGCGCUGCCAAGCCGAAGAAAGCGAAGAGGAGCCGCACCGCAAAGGAGAUCAGCCAGACAGUUCAUCCCAGCAAAACGAACGAACAAAUAUUGGAAAUACACACCCCUGGAGAGGAAAAAAUGGAGGAUCACAAUGAUGAAGAGGCGCCGAAGGAGGGAGUUAAAGAAAGAACGCAGAAUCACAACAGGGGGGAUGGGUUACUGGAAAGGAUAAAGAAGGACCCCAAUUUGAAGUACGAAUUUUUGGAAAAGAUAAGCGAAAAAAUGUGUAGCGAAUUUGUAAAAAUGGGCGUCCUUGAUGACGAGAGUAAGAAAGUCGAUCUUAACAAGAUUGAAGACAUCAAAAAUGACCCGGACAAUAUUCUGUACAAAAAGGUUUACGCCAUGCGUGACUACUUCUACACAAUAAUGUAUGAUAAUUAUAAACCAAAUCUUGACAUCUACGAAUUAGAAACGUUCGUAGAUGCAGAAUACAGAACCUACUCUUAUAAAAAAGACCUUAACGUGCUUUUCAGAAAUUGGGUCCUGAAUGAAAAUAAGGUAUUACCAACCGUGCACUUUGCGAAGAAGGAUGUGGAACUGGCUAAGUUAAGAUACCUGUCCAAGAGGAAAAGGAAAGUACUGGAUUUUAAUCAGCGAUUUUUUGAGCGACAUGGGGAGGGUAAGAGGAGGUACUUCCCCGUGGAGGAGCACGGAGCGUCGACAGUGGGUGUAAGUGGUGAGUCUCAAGAAGGGACUCCUUUGGAAAUGUCUGUUAGCGAAGAGUUAGGAGGUGAGUCAAAAGGCGCACCAGGCGAAGGGGGAAAAUAUGAAGGAAACGAUCCGGGAAACGAUCGGGGCAACAUUACCGGUAAGGGCCCUGACAACGGUCCUGGUAUCAGUCCAGAUGUCCCCGCACGGACCCCGCCAGACAGUCGGGACGACGGAUACAAGAAUAAAACCACGAACAAAUCAGUGAGCUGCCUAAUAAAGUGGAAUGUACGCAGCGAAAACGACACGAGGAAAAUAAAAAACGACGAGGACGAGAGAGACUUAAGUGACGAAGACGACAUGGACGAAAAUGACAACAGUGGUGACGAGGACGAAUCAUUUGACUUUGAUAAAUAUAAUAUAAAAAGCAAUGACUUGGAAUCUUACGGAUUCUGCGAUGAGAAUUUAAACGAUAACGAUAGUGACAAUGGAGGGCCCUCCUUCGGAGACAUGAAUUUUGCGAAGCUGGUAAUUUAUGAUGACAACUACGAUCAGGGAGAGUUUGUCGAAACGCUCACCAGUUUGAUAAGCACUUGCGAUUAUAAGAGGGCGUACUCCAUUUACAAUACGCUGAAGGUGAAAGGGAAGGUAGACACUUUGUACUUUAAAAGUUACGACAAUGCUGAAAAUGUGGCUUUCCUGAUGCGCCAGUCAAAGCAGAGGAUUGUUGCCGACGUGGAGUUUCUCUAG